AUGAGCAGCGGAGCAGGGGAGCAGGGGAGCAACGGAGCAGGGGAGCAGCGGAGCAGCGGAGCAGGGGAGCAGCGGAGCAGCGGAGCCGCACGUACGGCGUUCUUUCUUCAUCCUCGGAAAUCUUUUUAUCCUGGUAAUUUUCGAAUGUCGAGUAAUAAGGAACCAGAUGUAAUGGAGACUGUUGAUGUUGAUUUAGAUUAUGAAGAUAAUAUUGAGCUAGAUGAUGGGUUAUUAGAUAAGGACGAUGGAGUGUCGCCCGUAGGUAAAAAACGAAAGCGAAAGAAUGCUUCUGAUGUGCAUCCACAUUUUGUUGAGGUUGAAGGUAAAAAAACAGGGUUCAUCAACUUUGAGCCAGUUGCUAAAGAUGGUGAAAAUAGUUUAUUCAGGACUGAGACAAAAAGGGCUUAUGAUCAAAUGAAGUGUCGUGAAAUGAUUGCAAAGUUGAUAAUAAUGCAUGAACUGCCCUUUUCAUUUGUCGAGUAUCAUUGGUUUAAUCAGUUAUUAAAGUAUAACAAUCCUUUAUUUCAAAGAGUUAGUAGGGCAACAAUCAGAAGAGAUUGUAUAAAGGUGGUGGAAGGAGAAAGAGAAAGGAUAAAAAAGAUGUUGAGAAAGGUGAAUAUGAUAUCACUUACAAGCGAUUGUUGGACAUCAAACCAGACAAUUGGUUACAUGUGUCUAACAGCCCACUUUGUUGAUUGUGAUUGGAAGUUGAAUAAGUGCAUUAUUGGUUUCAAUGAACUUGCACCACCCCAUAGUGGUGAGGUUAUAUCAGAUGCUAUCUUAGAAUGUCUUAUAAAGUGGGGUAUUCAAGACAAGAUAGGUACCAUUACUUUAGACAAUGCAAGUAACAACGAUAGGGCAGCCACUAUUCUGAUGCAUAACUUCCAAGUGAAAAAUAAAUUACAUUUUCAGGGGUUGUUUUUUCAUAUUAGAUGUUGUGCUCACAUUCUAAACUUGGUAGUACAAGAUGGUUUGGGUACUAUAGAAUCGUGUACUUCAAAAGUUAGAGAAGGUGUGAAGUACUUGAAAAAGUCUACAGGACGUUUAAAGAAGUUUGGUGAAAUAGCUGUGUCCAUUGGUAUCGACAUUCGGCGUUCGCUUUGUAUCGAUGUGAAAACUAGGUGGAACUCAACUCAUCGGAUGCUUGAUUCGGCUAUUUACUACAAACGAGCUUUUGAAGGUUAUGCAGCGAGAGAUUCUAACUAUGUAUGGUGCCCCACAAAUGAUGAAUGGACUCGUGCUGAAAAGGUUUGCAAGCUGUUAGCAGUUUUUCUAAAAGCUACUGAAAUGUUUUCAGGUUCAACAUAUCCAACUACUAACUUGUUUCUCACGGAAAUAUAUAAGGUGAAAAGAGAGAUAAGUAAUGCUUUCUUGUCAUGUGAUUCUUUCUUGAAGGAAAUGAGUAUACCUAUGUAUGAGAAGUUUGAUAAGUAUUGGGGUGAAAUCGGGGUCCUAAUGUGCAUUGCUUCUAUUUUAGAUCCCCGUUAUAAGAAGUUGUCGGUUGAAUGGACUUUUGAUAGGUUGUACGUAGGAGAUGAAUGUUUAAAGCGGGUUGAAGAUGUAGAAACCAAGUUAGAAUCUCUUUUUAAAAAGUAUCAUAAUACAUUCAUGGCAUCUAAGGCUUCCAUGAGUCACUCAAAUAUUUCAACAUCUUCUAACGAACCGACUCAAGAUGUAGAUGAUUUUCAUGCUUUCCUCAAACGUAGACCUGUUGAAACUGGAAAAAAAACUGAACUUGAGGUGUAUCUGGACGAGCCAAAUGAUGAAUGUGUGGAUGAUUCAAAAUAUGAUGUGUUGAAAUGGUGGAGCCAACAUUGUAGCAAAUUUCCUGUAUUAAGCAGGAUGGCUAAAGAUAUGUUUAGCAUUCUGAUCACAACUGUUGCAUCGGAAUCAGCUUUCAGUGCUGGUGGACGCAUAUUGGACGACUAUCGGAGCUCUCUUUCAAAGGACAUGGUGGAACUUCUUGUUUGUGGAAGUGAUUGGUUAAAGUCCGGCUCAAAAGCAACCAUUAAAACAUUAAAGCAAUGUGCGGACGAAGAAGAAAAUUUGGAGAUUGAAGUGUUGAUUCCAGAUGGAUGUGGUACAAGCACUUGA